AUGCCGCCCUCGGGAGAGUGCCCUCAGCCACGCGUCCGCAAGGUGUACGUCCGCGCGCACAAGCGCAAGGUCGCCGCCACGAAGAACCCCCUCGACGAGCCGGUCGUGCCGCCGCUGACGCGCCGCCAAGCCCGAGACCUCCCGGCCCACAUGGUGACCAAGUACAAGGAGGAUGCGCUCAAGCGCCUGAUGGCCCUCUCGCCAGCGAGCGAGCAUGGGACACUUCACAAAUUCUUCUCGCGCAUGCCGAAGCCGAGCCCGGCUCCCGUCAACGGCGUAGUUGCCGCUGCGUCGUCCUCGACCGCUCCGGUCAACGCCGGCGGCAAGAAACGGGCGCGUGUUACCGCGCCGCCCGUCACGCCGGAGGGACUGACGCCGUCGCGCCGCAACGGCGUGAAUGCGGCGAUCCUCUGCUUUUCGCCCUUUGCCUAG